AUGACUGCACAGAUUGAUUUCAUAGUGUCAGGAUUUCUAAUCAACUGGGACCUCCAGAUGUUCCAUGGGGCAAUUUCCUUCACUGUUCAUUCAACAGAAGUUGCAGGUUUCAAGGAGUUUCUCCAGACCAUAAAUCCACUUUCAGACUAUAGAGAUGGGUUUCUGCAAGAAGUUUGGGAGCAAGCAUUUGAUUGUUCAUUUCCAAAACCAGGGUUACAAGAAAUGCACAGCAGGCAAUGCACUGGGGAGAUGAAGCUAGAGGAUCUUCCUGGACCUGCCUUUGAAAUGGAAAUGACUGGCCAAAGCUACAGUAUCUACAAUGCUGUUUAUUCUGUGGCUCAUGCUUUGCAGGAUCUAUACAUGUUGGGGUUCAGUAGGAAGACAACUACGAUGCGUAAAAAAACUGAUCUUCCCAAUCUGCAGUCUUGGCAGCUCCAUUCAUUUCUUCAAGGCAUUUCUUUCAACAAUUCAGCUGGGGAGAGAGUAUUCCUGAAUGAGAAAGGGGAAGCAACAGGUGGAUUCGACAUCACCAACUUGAUCACUUUUCCAAACAGAUCCUUUCAGAGAGUCAAAGUUGGAAAGAUGGAUCUCAAGGCACCAAAGGGGAAGGAAUUACUCAUUGGUGAAGAUGUGAUUGUCUGGCAUACAGUUUUUAACCAGGUUCUUCCACUUUCCAGAUGUAAUGAUCCUUGUUUCUGUGGAUCCUGGAAGAAAGGGAUUGAGGGAAAUCAAUUCUGCUGCUAUGACUGUGUUCCAUGCCCAGAAGGGAAGAUUUCAAACCAAAAUGGUGGGUAG